AUGGCCAGCAUUGCAGAUGUGAUAAUUCUUUCGUCCUCUCCAAAUCCACCGCGGUCGCCAGGGCCAGGUAGGUAUGAUACAAAGCCGAUCUCUCGCGCCUUGCCACAAGGUGCAACGCCACCGCCAAUACGCUUGACAUCCGAUUUGUCCCAACCUCAUACGCGUUCCCGGUUUUUUCCCACUCCAGUCGCGAGCACCACGUGUCCCGAGGACGUGACGAAGCCGAAAAGGCGAUUGACAAAGAAGGAUCCUACUUCAGACACCAGCAAGCAGACAGCACCGAGCAAACCGCGGCGGAAGGCGAAGAGAGCUGCGGAUGCGCCAGGAACAAUUGCGCUUGGGGAACCCCAGUCAGAGACUGUUGGCACAAAAGAUGACGCAGUGAAACCGACCACAGGUCGUCCUCGAAAGAAUGCCAAGAAUAAGGAUUCAGGAAAUAUGACACUGGCUGGGAAAGUUACGAAGACAAGCGGCGAUCCACCAACAAAGAAAUCCAGCAAAGGUGGGAAGAAGACGGUUGCCACAAAAUUAUCUCCUUCGGAGGAUGCAUCCGAGAAACCUACUCCAAAGGAAUCAAAUGUUUUGGGAAAGGAUGAGGCGCUGCAUCUGGACGAGGCAACGAGAAGAAGGAUGGAUUGGACACCACCAAGGGAGACCGCUUACGAGGAAAUUGCUACUGUGGACGAUGGUGGCAGCCCGGAUAAGGACCGUGAUCCGAGCCUUAUGAGGGGCUUUGGCAAGCUGGUAUCCGAUUAUAGUUACUCUGGUUCAGCUUUGAAUCCCCGCGACCUUGUGCAGAAUGCAAAUGGCGAAGGACCAACAAAGCGUCGGCGGAUAGAGCUGGCCAAUCCUGAAAUCCAAGCAUUGCUCAAUGGAAGGUACUCUGAUUCAAGUGAUCAGUCAUCUGCCCAAGGAGAGAACUUGGGGAAGCCCAAAAAGACAACCAAGGGCAAACCUAAGAAGUUUACCACGUUGACGGCGCGUAUGACUGCGCAAUAUUCAACAAAUUAUGCAGAAGAGGAUGAACCGGUGAUUGAUUGCCUUCCGGACAUCAGGACGACAAAAGAAAGACGAAGAAAGGCCAAAGAGACGGAGAAACAGUCUUCGUUCACUGUACUUUCCCCGGAAGCAGCCGUCGAGUUUCUGAAUGAUCAAGACCUUGUAUUCGGCACCUGCAGUCAAUUGGAAAGAGAUGAUUCACCGCAGACUCUGCGAGAGACUCAACAAGCCAUCCGUGCUUCUGAAAGUCUUCCUCAUCUAGAGGGGCCGCCCAAUAAGGGCCCAAGCGCGGUCCAUGAAUCAUCUACUCGUUUUGCAUCAAGAUUGGCAGGCACCAGGAAUCUGUGGUGCGUUGGCGCCAGAGACACCGAAGGGUCUUUGAUUCAACCAGAAACAAUAAACGUGAUUGACUUGACGGAUGGGGGAGAAUCUCCCGCAAAGAAUAGUCAUGACAACAUGGAACAAGCCAGCCACAAACCUCUUCAGGGGGACUGGUAUGAGCUAGAAUUUGCAGACAUAGAUUUGCCUCCACAAAAGAGACCAUCAUCACUACCGUUAACCGAAAGGAGCUUGGAUUUAGACACGCAGGUUCAAGCUCCAGCUCCGAUCCCGGCAGCCUCAGAUACAGCUAUAGCUACUACAGCUACGGCCAAGGUCAAAGCUGCAAAGACUACCAAGUCUGCACAGAGAGCCAAUAAUACCCCGACUGAAGCGGUUGGUUCCCAGCCAGCUACCUCGCAGGCACCCUCAAUGCCACAAUACACCGGAUUUACAGAUGCGGAGCUGUCUAAACAGGUCUUCUCUUAUGGCUUCAAGGCAGUCAGGGGCCGCAAGAAGAUGAUCGAACUUCUUCAACAAUGUUGGGAAUCGAAGCACGGUAGCAAUGCUACCUCUGACACCCAGCCUAUAGGCCAACCCGAGCAACAGAAGGAACCUGUCUCUAAAAAGGACAAUGUUCCAAAACCUACCUCCUCCGCGAAGACGAAGGCGACGGUGAAGCCUAAAUCUGGAACAUUUAAAAAGAACCGAAAACCACUUGAUGCGACAAAACCAACUUCCGCUACUUCCGCCUCGCGAACCAAUCUCCGAACAAGCCCAAAUAAAAACUCAAGAGGGAAGCCUAUCACUGCGAGUUCUACGUCAUUCAUUGAUGUAGAAGAGAUCCAAGACUCAGAAGAAGAAAUCAUCCCUUCUCCGAGCCAAGUACAAAAGCACUAUACCGACAUCUAUUCAAAGUCCAAGACUGGCAGUCAGCUGCCACACCGCUCCUUGGAUAUCCUCACAAAAUCACCAUCACCGAGCCCGACCAAGCGCAAGGCUGUUUCCUCUAAUACCUCAGCGAAAAGAAUGCCAUCCUCUGCAUCCAUCGCGACCGCCCACACAGCAGAAUCCUCUGAAGAGAUCAGUCUGGCAGAAAUAUCUGUAAAGAUCACCCAAGCUGUUCGCGUCCAGCCUCGGGUCUCGCCGCUGUCAUCAUCUCGCGGUAGCCGUAGUCGACCUACAUGGCAUGAAAAGAUCCUCAUGUACGACCCUAUCGUUCUGGAAGAUUUCGCAGCAUGGCUCAAUAUUGAGGGGCUUGGACUUGUGGGCGAGGAUCGCGAGGUUGGUAUUGCGUCUGUCAGGGAAUGGUGUGAAAGCAAGGGAAUCUGUUGUUGCUGGAAAAAGAAAGCUACUUGGUAA